CCAGAGGCAGCGGCCAUCUUCUGUGGCUCCUUUAUUCACUUCUCACAAUUCAUGAGUAUGCCUCGUUGAAGAUAAGUCAUAUACUGACCUAGGUAUCCUCCAUGAGUGUUCGUCAUUUGGUAUAUUGUCAGGCACUUCACAUGCUUUUCCUACGCCUUCCGACUCCCUUGGACCGAAAAUCAACGGACCCAAAGCUACCGAGAAAAUUAGUACUAGAAGAUCCACAUUUUAACAAGCUACUCUGUUCUUCAAUCUUCGUUAAAUAACCCUAGCUCUAUUGCGCUCCUCAGCUCCCUCCCCGCCUUCUUGCUCCCGAGAAUGUCUAACCCCCAGAAGCGGGGUAGCGCCGACGACAAUAAUGAUUCCCCAAACCCGCAUUCCAGACCAGACAAGAAUGGGAAAUCACCAGUUUAUUCCAGCAAUAACGCACAAAAUCAUCCUUCCCUAGCUGCACGGAUCCAGAGCUCAGCUUCAGGCCUCGCGAGGAAUGCUUUCCUCCCGUCCGUUCCCUCCAAAGAUGCUGCUCGUCUGCUCUCAGACGGCAGUAAAGCUGCCUCCUCCUCGUCAUCGUCGGCCUUAGCCGCAGCAGAGCAAUAUAGAGAGUCAACUGGGCCUUCUUCCCCCGGGGCCUCAUCGCGAGACCAAACAGGUUACGCCCCGGCAGAAUCAUUCCGGUCCUCGUCUACAUCUACCGCAAACCAAGGGGGGUUCGCGCUCCCCGCACUCACGGAAGAUGAAUUCCAGAGAACCUACGGAGGCGACAUAUCCGAACAAAUCACAGAUACUGACCAAGGGAAGGAGAAAGGGAAAGGGAAAGAGAAAGGAAGCGGAAGAGAGAUAACCACAGACUAUGAAAAUGACUACGAAGACGAAAAGUCACUCGCCACCCUCAACACCACUCAACCCGCACCAGCAGCGACAAUCCUCCUCCCCUCGGACGGGGACGCCGUUGUAUCCCUUUUAUCCGACCACACUUUCGACCCCGAAUUCCCUCCCUCGGCCAACGAACCUUUCGAGCCCAUCGAAACGCAACUCACUCUUCCCCAGCCCACCCCAGCCGAGAUCCAAAUCAUCGAGUCCUUCCGACGCCAAUUACCCGCUGACCCCGCGCAAACUCCACAGUCUCCCAACCAGCAACUCACCUCUUUCAGCCUCGUUCCAGAUAUCGGGUCACUUCUCGAUACGGCUCCUCUAUCUGCGGGAGCAGCAACAAGCGACGCAACAGCCCUCCGUGAUACCGUUCUCGCAAGGCUACCAGGCGCGGCGGAUUGGAUCUCCGUCGAGGGGAAAUACCACGAUGAGGUCUGGGGAUACCUACAGCCGACCUUAGAGGCCGCCGCGAAAGAACUGGACGCGCAGAAGGACAUCCCAAGUAGUAAUAAGAGUGCAGAGGGACCUGCAGUCCGAAGAUUGAAGUUGAUUUUGAACCAUAUGCAGCAUUGAUUGAUUGAUUGGUACAUGGUCCUCAAUCUUGCUUCUUAAUGCUGUUUCGAAAAGAAAUUUGGGAUAUGAAACGGAGGAUUAUGUAUACCGAUCUAUUGUGUAAAAAAAAAAAAAAAAAAAUCCAAUACCAACUAUCUGAUCAUGUCAGAAUAUUUACUUU